CGCGGUUUGGAGGCUCCGGCGGUUGGGAGUGCGCUGCAGCCUUUUAAACGUUUGAAAGCGCCAGUCCCGAGCCCACGCCAUGCCUCCCAAGCACUCGAAGAAAGUCACCGUGCCCGACUCUGAGGGAAGCAGCUCUCCGGCCAGACACAAAAAUGCAGAGUUUGUCUUAUUAUGUCAAAGCCUUAAGAUUGAAGAAAAUGUGAACGAGAGAGCUUGGACGAUUUGGGAGUCAAUGCCAGCAGUUUUGGUUGAUGGCGUUGCAUUAGAAAAUAGGAAGAAAUAUUGGGGAAUUUGCAUUUUUAUUGCGGCAGUAGAUUUGAAUGCUGUUUCCUUCACUCUGACAGAGUUACAGAAAACCUUGGAUCUGAAUGUAACAGAGUUUUUGCAGUUACUGAAACAAAUGGAUGUGAACUUGGACACUGUUAGCACUAAAGUAAAUUUAUUGGUGUUGAGACUGGUGAAGAAGUUCCAUGUUUUCACUGCACUCUUCGAAAAAUUUAAGAGGAUAUGUGAAAAGAUAUUUGAAGAGGCACCAUGUAACCAGGCAGCAUCAGAAGCUAAUAAAUCAGUGGUGAAAGUCUGUUGGAUCACAUUUCUUCUAGCAAAAGGAAAACUGCUACAGAUGGAAGAUGACCUUGUGCUCUCUUUCCAGUUGUUGCUUUGUGUCUUGGAGUACUUUAUUAAGAUGUCACCUGCUGAAUCAAUUAAGGAGCCUUAUAGAGCUGCUAUGAAUAGUAUAAUUUCCAGUGGUUCAUCACGAGCUUCUAGACGAAGUCACAACAGAACAAUACAGGCAAGCAAUUCAACUGAGGUAGACUCCAAAGUAAUGGAAAUCCUUUGUCGUGAAAAUGAAUGCAAUGCAGAUGAAGUGAAAAACAUUUAUUUGAAGAGCUUUCUUCCUUUUUUGGAUAAUAUUAAAAUAUCUUCUUACACUGAAUUUCCUGAGCUUGAGACACUUUCAAGACAAUAUGAGGAGCUUUACCACCGGAAUAAAGAUUUUGAUGGAAGAUUAUUUCUUGAGUGUGACAAAACUCUGCAGAUGGACCCAGAAGAAAGAUGUGACCUUGAAAGAACUCCAAGGAAGCCUCAUACUGAAGAUGGUCAUGCAGUUCUUCCUCCACAGACUCCUGUUAGGGCUGCUAUGAACACCAUACAGCAGUUACAGAUGAUUUUAAAUACAGCUGAUGACAAACCUUCAGAUAUUCUUAAAGCAUAUUUUAAUAAUUGUACAAUAAACCCCACCACCAACAUUACUAAGAGAGUGGAGAACUUAGGUCAGACGUUUCAGGAGAAUUUUGCUCAGACUGUGGGAGAAGGAUGGGCAGAGAUUGGAUCACAGAGAUAUAAACUUGGAGUACGGUUAUAUUAUAGGGUUAUGGAAUCCAUGUUGAAAUCGGAAGAAAAACGUCUUUCUGUCCAAAAUUUUAGCAAGUUGUUGAAUGAUGCUACUUUUCAUGGAUCCCUCCUUGCCUGUGCUGUAGAAGUUGUUAUGACCACGUAUGGAACUACCUGGAAUGUAUCAUUGAAGAGCAGCAUUCAAGCAGAGACUGAUCUCUCCUUUCCCUGGAUCCUUCGCGUAUUUGAUAUAAAGGCUUAUGAAUUCUAUAAAGUUAUUGAGAGCUUCAUUAAAGCAGAACCAAAUCUAACCCGAGAGAUGAUCAAGCAUGUGGAAAGGUGUGAACACAGGAUUAUGGAGUCUAUUGCCUGGCAAUCAGAUUCACCUUUAUUUGACAUACUCAGGCAACAAAAAGAACAGGAAGAUCAGCCAGAUCAACUAGAGCCUACCAGUACACUCAAACAACCACUCCAGCACAGCCACACUGCUGCAGAUCUUUACCUUUCCCCUGUCAGAUCACCAUGGAAGAAAGGGUCUGGUACAGCGCACACAGUUCCCACACAACAAACAAAAACUGAGACAUCAUCUUCUUGGCAAUCUCAGUCCCCAUCCCAGUCCCAACCUCAGCAAAAGUCUCAGAAAUCUACCUCACUCUCUCUUUUCUACAAAAAAGUUUAUCGACUGGCAUAUCUUCGAUUGAACAUGCUGUGCAAUCAUCUUCAUCUACCAUCUGAACAUCCUCAGCUGGAAGCUAUUAUAUGGACGUUGUUUCAGCACACAUUAGCAAAUGAGCAUGAACUUAUGAAAGACAGACAUUUAGACCAGAUAAUGAUGUGUUCCAUGUAUGCCAUUUGCAAGGUGAAGAACAUAGACCUUAGGUUCAAGACUAUUGUUACUGCCUAUAAGGACUUGCCAAAUACAAAUCAAGAGACCUUCAAACAUGUGCUGAUCAAAGAAGGGCAGUAUGAUUCCAUCAUAGGCUUCAACAACCUGGUGUUCAUACAGAGGCUGAAAACCAAUAUUUUACAGUAUGCUUCAACCCGGCCACCAACACUCUCCCCAAUUCCUCCUGUUCCUCGAAGUUCAUUUGGUUUUCCAACCUCUCCAUUGCGUGUACCUGGUGGGAACAACAUUUAUGUCUCUCCUCUCAAGAGUCCGUAUAAAACUGACGGAUUGCUAUCCCCCACAAAAAUGACCCCCAGAACACGAAUCUUGGUGUCAAUUGGUGAACCAUUUGGGACACCAGAAAAAUUCCAGAAGAUCAACCAGCUGGUCAGUUGCAGUGAUCGGCACCUGAAGCGGGCUGGAGACACAGGAAGUGUGCCAAAGCCACUGAAAAGGCUUCGCUUUGAUAUGGAUGAACAGGAUGAGGCUGAUGGCAGCAAACACUUGUCUGGGGAAUCCAAACUACUGCAGCAGAAGAUUGCUGAAAUGACAUCUACAAGAAAUAAGAUACAAGAGCAGAAGAUGAAAGAUGGAGACAGUGAGCUGAAGAGGGAUGAAAACUGAUAUUUGUCACUUCAUCUGAUUCAGGAUGAUGUCCACACUGCAUGAGUAUGAUCCACGGCAGCAGAGUCUUCAUCAUUUCUGGACAUGGCUGAUUUUUUCCCCCUCCCUUUUUCAGAUUUUGUUUUAGCAAGGGCGUAUUUCCUUUUAGAAAAUCCAUUUAGAAAAAAUUCUUAAGUUAUUUUAGAGAGUUGUUUCCCUUAACACGAUGCCUUAAGGGUCAUAUUUCCUGUGUGUGUGAAGAGUAAUAAAAUGUGUAAGUAACAGAGCAGGACUGAUGAAAGUAUUAUUCUUAUUUUACCACUGAGCAUUUCAAAAAUGACCCUGGGAAUAAUCUGAAUUUUGCAGCAAUGAACGUGGGGUGUUAUCAUACUAGACCUCCUCAAAUUAUUUAUCUGGCCCUCAUUAACCUCCAAAUCUAUUGGAUCUCCAAACCCAAUCACCUGUUUCUUUCUCUGGCAUGUUAAUACAAUUUGUAUUAGUGUGUUAUUUUUACUAUUAGUGUGUUGUCUUCUCAAUAUUUCUCUGAAUACAGGAUUUCUUACAUAACAACUACCCCAUUUAAACUAUGUGUUUGAUUUGCAUAUGAAGGCAGAAUGUUAUUAUGAUGUCUGCUUGAGGACUUUUUCAAAGUGUUAUGUCCCUGCCAGAUUCAAUCAGUGGUUGAGUUUUGUAAUGCAUGGCUACACCUUUUAUAUCUGCUGUAAGUUUAGGUCUGACCUGUUUCAAAAUGAUUUUUACAUUCCUUGUGUGUCCCAGUCGGUGAAAUACAAUUCUAUCUACUUUCAUCGUGCUCUUUUAAAAAAAAGUUUGCACACUCUAUAGUUAAAUACAAACAAUAUUUGCUGUCUCUGUUGCCAUUUGGCUGUAAAAAUGUAGGGGACCCUUUAUUUUGUUCAAGAUGGCCACUUAAGUACCAGUAUCCAUUUCACAUGAAGUCAUCGAUACACCUACCAUUUUUGUUCUGGAUCUAAAAAGCAAUGAAAUAAAGGCAAUUGACUUUAUCCAUGAAUGAGGAAAAUGUGGCCUUAAGUAUGUAGCAUGUACACAGAAUGUGCACUGUUUCAAUUUUAUUGAUGUUUUUAUUUAUGUCUAAUAUUUUACUUUUACAAACAAACAAGUUUGUCUUUAGUUGAAUUACCUUCAUGUUGUUAGUAAAUGUACCUAUCAAAACUUGUCUCUCAUAUUGAGGUAAAUACUUUGUUUGCAAUAUUAAGAAUAACAAAGAACUUGCACUUAAAUGGUGCCUUUAACAACCUCAGGACAUCCUAGAGUGCUUUAUAGCCACAGUACUUUAAGUAUAGUUGCAAUGCAGAAAAUGUGACUGCCAAUUUUCAAAUACCAAGGUCCUAGAAAAACUAGUGAAAUAAAUGACUGAAUUAUCAAAUACAGCAGAUGCUGGAAAUCUGAAAUAAAACAGAAAAAGUUGGAAACGUUCAGUAGAUCAGGAAGCAUUGAUGGAAAGAGAAACAGAGUUAACUGGGUUAUAUACCUCGAGUAUACCCUUCAGAACUGAAGUGUAGACCACUCAAAGAAAAUGUUAAAGUUUCUUAAGUUUUGAUGAACAUAUUGCAAAAUAAUCUAUGCUAUUGGUAUCAGUUCUCUCUGGAGACAGUAUUCCUAGCAAUUUAGAUUGCUUUAUGAUGGCAACAACUAAUUGUGAGAAUGUGUUGUACUUGUCUGUAACAGCUUGACAAGUUCUAUUGAUGAAGAAUUUAUUAAGGGUCUUUGAUCAGGUACCCAGUUCUGAAGAAGGAUCUUGAACUUAAAAUAUUAACUUUGUUUCUUUUUCCACAGAUGCUGCUUGACUUGCUGAGUGUUUCCAACAUUUUCUUUCUUUUUAUUAAAUAAUUAGAUCAUCUAUUUGGAUGUUGAAUGAGGGAUAAUUGCUGGCCGGGAUAAUUGCUGGCCAGGAUAUGGAGGGAAUUCCUUGAUCACCUUUAAAUAGUACCACAAGAUAUUUUAUAUUCAUCUGAAAGGGUAGACAAGUCCUCAGUUUGAUAUUUCACCCAAAGGACAACAUUCUCUGACAUUUCCUCCCCUAUACUUCAUAUUAUGUGUUCAUAUCUAUGCAAAGUUUAAACCUACAGAGUUUAGUAGGUUCAACCCCUUAAAAUGUCUCUUAAGUUUGAAUCUACAGAGGCAAAAAGUACUUGUACUCGGUUAAGGGUGAUACCUAUAAAAGUGAGAUGUAAUGAUGUGACAAAGUGCACUAUUGCUUUUUAUUUGUGCAUUGAAACAGUACUGGACUUCAUGUUUUCAGAAUUUUAAACUGAUGCACUAUUUAAUUUUGCAGUGGUUACCAAUAUGUGUAACAACAUUAUGUACAAAGGCAUGAAUAUUAAGCCACACUACUCAGUAUUGGCUUAUAUACCUCAAGUAUGCGAGACAUAACCUUCAGAACAACAAUGUAGACUACUAAAACAAAAUGCUGAAGGUUUCUUAAGUUUUGAUGACCAUAUUGGAAAGUAAUCUAUGCUGUGGUACCAGAAAAUAUUGUACCUUUCUAUCUGGAGGUAGUAUUCUGUAGUGAUUUGAUUUGCUUUGUGUUUGUAACAGCUAACUGUGAGAACCUAAUGUUCAUGUCUAUAAUGGCUUGACAAGUUCUACACCUAUAGCCAUGGGUAUGAGUAGUUAUCUUAAAUGGUUAGCUGUUACCUUCUUCCUUCUCAUUGAGCAGGUGACACCUUUCAAUAAUUCUGAUAAAUAGCAUACAGAAGUCUGUACUCAUUUUUUGUUCAGCAAGAUAUCUGUUUGUACUGGACAUUAUGGACUGAGGUACUGUUUUUAUAAAUAUAGUGAAUAAAA